CCUCCCUACAACUCAAAUUCAAGAGAGAGCGAGUCUUCCACAGUGGGAAGCUUCUUUUUCUGAUAUCUUUUACGUGCCCAUCAAACAAAUAAGCUCUCCACUCUAUUUCAGUCACCAAUCACCAAUGACUCCUUCUUUCACUAACGUCAAAAUCUUCUCUUCUCUCGUCCUAGACGGAUUCUUCAACGCUCUCACCAGACGCGGGUACGCGGUGGCAUCACAAAGCGCAACAAAGGAAGGAGUGGGCUUUAUGAGCGGCAAGAUGGCACCAAAGUCAGGGGAAGACAACAAAGGGGUGUCUACGUACAAGGUUUCGUGGGUGCCAGAUCCUGUCACUGGUUACUACAAACCCGAGAACAUCAACGAGAUUGACCCUGCAGAAUUGCGCGCGAUGCUUCUCGGCAAAAAAAUCGACAACUAAUCCCAACCCAAUUAAAGAAAUAUUGCUUCCAUUUAGUUAGUUCAAAAUAUAUGGGAUUAAUGGCCACGGAAUAUUGAUGCUGAUAUGCUCUGUUCUCUUCUUCAUGAAGAGAAGAAGACCUUGAUUCACGUUUGUGUUCAUUUAUUUGCUUUAGUUUUAGAAGUCAAGCGGAAUGAAUGGCCAUUAGCAGCUUAUUGUAAUGUCUUCUAAUUCUGAUUUUAUUAAAUAUUGAUUAUAUCAACUUUCGAA